GUGUUGCCCACGGCGACAUGACUGAGUCGCUCGUGUUUAUCUUCUUCACUACCUACAUAUGUAGGUACAUAUGUACAUGCCAUCAAUCACAAGACUCUACUUUUUCUUUUACGGAUUCAACUUCUCACCCGCCCAAUCGAAAAGUUUCGCUUCGAAUGCUUUGGAAGGAUUCAUGGACUACCUAGGUACAUAUAUACUUAAGUAGAUAUGCAUGACUCAUUCACCGAUGGCUUAUCAGAUGAUCGGAUCAAAGUCGCCUAUUGAGGCAGCUGCCUCGGAGAUAAUUUCUCCGAGCUUGCCAGCAUUUCCUCCGAUACAUAUCAUUCCCUGACUGCAAUUGUCCCCCAAACUCAAACUGUUGGCUUACGUUUUGGAGUCUAUGUUUCUUUCGUCUCUAAGGCAAGACAAAACAUGUUGUCACGGAAAAGAAAACAGCGAGCAAUACUUUCUUGCAACGAUUGUCGGCGACGAAAACUAAGUUGCAAUCGAGAGUUGCCGUGCAGUCGAUGUAUUCAGGGUGGAAUUGCUGGUAGAUGCUCAUAUACAAAGGAGACAAGUAUUGAUGAAGGAAAUGAAAUACAAAUUGGUGCUCGUCGGCGAUCACAUACUUCGUCGAACCAAUCAACUGUGGGGCCUUAUGAUGCAGAAUUGGAGGAAUCGAAUCAACGACUUCUUCCCGAAUAUUCUGCAUCUUCGACGCAUGCCAAUACUGAUCGAGUGCAUGAGCACACUGUUCGGGAAUUAGAGCAGCGCAUUGCAACACUUGAAGCCGCCUUACAUGCAUCGAAGCAUGAGCCUAGUGAGACAUAUCGUUCAGGUAAUCUCACUUCGAAGAACCUAACCGGAAAUUCCAUGACAAUUUGUAGCGGAUUUUUCAAAGGCGGCAGCUAUCAAACAUAUUUCUAUGGACCAACUAAUCCCAUGUUCGUCCCCGCACACUUCCCUGAUCUGCGACCCUUCAUGAAAAGGAUAUAUGUAAAUUCGACUCUAUCCCGGAUACGACAGGACAUGAGCGCGUCAGAAGAACGCAGUGAGGCAAAACAGCCAGCACCUACCCGCGUCCUUGCUAUCCCAAAUCUACGGAGUAUAUUGCCAGAUCGAAACACAGUCGACAAAAUCGUGAAGACCUACUUCGAUAUUUUCGAGGCGACCUACCGUAUUCUCCAUGCUCCAACAUUUUGGGGCAGUUAUCGGGCAUACUGGGAUCCUUCACAUCCCAGUACUGCAUCCGACUUUGAGAUGGAUGCUAUCAUCCUAUCCAUUCUAGCAUGCACCUUGUGUAUCUCGACACACGAUACAACGCGGCAUUGCAUUAGUGGCUCUACUUUCCGAGCACAAGCUGUGGUCUGGAUCAGGGCUUGCGAAGCUUGGCUCAAACAACAGAGCCAUAAACAUAGGAGCCUUGCCAGCGUACAAGUACGAUUUCUGCGUCUUCUGGCCCUUUCUACGAAUUGCUUGAAAUCAAAACAAUAUUACGAGGAGGUUCAAAAUCUGAUUGUUUUCAUGCGUUCAAUUGGAAUGCAUAGAGAUCCCAGAAUACUAGGAAAUCGAUGCUCAGCUUUUGAAGGAGAGAUGAGACGGAGGUUAUGGGCGACGGCGAUGGAGCUGGAAUUACAGGCUUCGAUCGAUAAAGGUGUUCCCUCCGUUAUUUCUGAUGCCAACUAUGACUGCGAUCCGCCGCGAAACAUUGACGACUCCGACCUUCUCCCUGCAACGGAACAUCUCCCUCUGUCUCAACCCCCUUCCAAUUACACUUCGACUUCCUUCCUCUAUCACGCGUCAAAGUCUCUCUUCCUUCGCCGCCAACUGUGCACACAGCUCAACAGUCUCCAUCCUCACUCUCCCACCAUCUUCUCUCCCAACAAAUCUGAAUCCGAACUCCUAAAAGCUCUCUCUCUCCUCCCAAAAUGGGAAGAUAAUCCACAAGCACUCCAAUCAUCCACACUCCUUGAUCUUCUGCUCCGCCAGUGGUUGAUGCACUUCCAUAAACCAGAGGUCUUACACCUUGCAGGGGUGACGCAGAACCCACUUUACCACCAACGCCCCUCGACCCGCUACGCCAUCAUCGCAACCCUCGAAGCCGCCUCUUCAAUCAUAACCUCACACGCGCGUCUCCUCGAUGCGAAUACCUUCGCGCUAUGUUGCAUGCGUUCUGAUUACCUCAGUGCCGCGUUCCUCGUCUGCCAUAUCGCGUACCACGCGUAUAUAGCUGGCGAUUCGAUGAUGACAGCGCUAGUGCGUUCCAUGUUUGCCCAGACAAUGGAUAUUGCGCUGAGGGUCGUCGAGGAGCGGUGUUUGCGGCCUGGACGGGGGAACCACAAGUUUUGGUUCUUGAGCGCGGCGUGUAGUUUGGCGGCGAUGCAGUGGGAGGAAGAUCCGGCGAGGCGUGAGGCCUUGGAGAAGUCGGCGUGCGAGAGGGUCUGCAAGGUUUUAUAUAAGAUUCUCGCGUUGAGGGAUGAAGACUGGGAUGGCGAUGGUGCUGAUGGGAGUAUCAGGUUUGGAGCAAAGGGGGUUUGUGAGAUGGUUCUUCUUGGCCCUGUCUCCACCAUCACCACUUCUUCCACUGCAACAUCCGCUCCUCUCCUACAGACUUACCAACCUGCUUCGCAAUCCCCACUACCUACAUCCUCCUUCCCUAUUCACACUUCACCGUCAAUAACAUCACCGCUAACCUUCGAUACCGCUGCCCUCGCCCCUUUCCAUAGCGGGAGCGGCGGCGCAGACGAAGCGUGGAUGCUAAACGAUAUGUGGUUCAUGGACGACCUCGGGGAUGGGUUUAUAGGGUACGGCGACCAGAGUGGUGGGAACGGGUUUGGAUAUGUAUAG